AUGGUUAAUGGGGCACCAUCGAAACUGUUCAAGAUGGAAAGAGGGCUUCGGCAAGGUGACCCGUUAUCACCAUUUCUAUUCGUCCCCAUUGUAGAUGUGUUGAAUAGGAUGAUCGGGGAGGUGGUAAGGAAUAGGAGAAUAUCUCCUCUAUUAGUCGGUAGAGAUAAUUUAGAGUUAUCACACCUUCAGUUUGCUGAUGACACUAUAUUAUUCUGUCCACCAGAGGAGGAGACAGUGAGAAACUACAAGAGACUUCUGAUGUGUUUUGAAGUCAUGUCUGAGUUGAGCAUUAACUUUGAUAAGUCUAGCUUGAUACUGGCCAAUUAA